AACAAUGUGAAAGCGAGGCAGGAAUUCCACAAUACCAGGCGAAGGAGUUUUCGGCGCUGAGCUGGUAGUCUCAAUCAAAGGGAAGGCAAAGAAGCAAUGCGGAGAGAUGUAAGAUGGCAGAGCUACAAAUGUUGUUAGAGGAAGAAAUUCCAGCCGGCAAAAGAGCCCUUGUCGAGAGUUACCAGAAUCUCACCAGAGUUGCAGACUACUGUGAAAACAAUUAUGUUCAGGCCCAGGACAAGAGGAAGGCCCUGGAGGAGACCAAGGCGUACACCACCCAGUCCCUGGCCAGCGUGGCCUACCAGAUCAACGCCCUGGCCAACAACGUGCUGCAGCUCCUGGACAUCCAGGCCUCCCAGCUCCGACGCAUGGAGUCCUCCAUCAACCACAUCUCCCAGACGGUGGACAUCCACAAAGAGAAGGUGGCCCGGCGGGAGAUCGGGAUCCUGACGACCAAUAAGAACACGGCGCGGACCCACAAGAUCAUCGCGCCGGCCAACAUGGAGCGUCCCGUGAGGUACAUCAGGAAACCCAUCGACUACAACGUCCUGGACGAUGUGGGCCACGGGGUCAAGUGGCUAAAAGCCAAGCAGCAGCAGCACGGGAACAACCAGUCAAUCAGGGGAGGAGGAGGAGGAGGGACGUUAUCACGGACCAAUCCGCCCACGCAGAAGCCUCCGAGCCCGCCCAUGUCGGGGCGUGGUACGCUUGGCCGCAGCACGCCGUAUAAGACCCUGGAGCCGGUGAAGCCGCCCACGGUGCCCAACGACUACAUGACGAGCCCGGCCCGCCUGGGCAGCCAGCACAGCCCGGGACGCACCGCCUCUCUCAACCAGAGACAGAGGACCCACAGUGGCAGCAGUGGGGGGAGUGGCAGCAGGGAGAACAGCGGGAGCAGCAGUAUCGGCAUUCCCAUCGCCGUGCCUACGCCUUCCAUUCCCAACUCUGGACCAGUCCCGCCCAUGUCUUCUCCUCCUGGGGCACCUCCCCCAGCCCCUCCACCUCCUCCUCCAGCCCCUCCCCUGCCAGGGCUGGGGACUACAGAGGCAGCUCCGGUCGUAGCGGUGGCCCCUGGGCCAGGUCUGGGUCCCAUCCCCAUGUCCCAGUUCGGCACCAUCUCGCGGCAGAUCUCGCGGCACAACUCCACCACCUCCUCCGUUUCCAUGGUCUCAGCCACGGGCACCUAUCGCCGGGCUCCGUCAGUCACCUCCCAGUUCUCCCUGCAGCAGCAACAGCAGUUACAGCAGCAGCAGUUGUUACAGCAACAACAACUACAGCUACAGCAGCAGCAGCAGCAACUACAGCAGCAACAGCAGCCUCAUAUGAAUGGGGGUACCCUGGCCUACACCCAGAACUCAAUGUCUAUCGCUCCCCCGCCACCUCCCAUGCCUCAGCUCACUCCCCAGAUUCCUCUCACAGGCUUUGUGGCCCGGGUGCAGGAGAACAUCGCCGACACCCCCACUCCCCCUCCGCCUCCCCCCCCGGAUGACCUGCCCCUGUUUGACGAGGCUCCGCCCCCCCCGCCGCCGCCGCCGCCGCCCCCGGUGGACUACGAGGAGGAAGAGGCGGCGAUGGUGCACUACAACGACCCCUACGCCGACGGGGACCCCAGCUGGGCCCCCAAGACCUACAUGGAGAAAGUGGUGGCCAUCUACGAUUACUGCCAGGAUAAGGACGACGAGCUGUCCUUCAUGGAGGGAGCCAUCAUCUACAUCAUCAAAAAAAACGACGACGGCUGGUUCGAGGGGAUCUGCAACGGAGUCACCGGCCUGUUCCCUGGCAACUAUGUUGAGUCGAUCAUGCACUAUGCCGACUGAAGGGACCCUACCACAGUAUAUUUAUUCAGGCAUAUCUUUCGAGACCAAUAAAACAGACCUACAAAGUACAGACAAGUGAUUUCGUUUAUGACAGAAUUACAGAAUGUUUUUACCCCCCCCCCCCCUUUACUGUGGAAAUGCAUUUAAAACAAAUAAAUAUAUCUACUUUGUGUGUGAUACGGGUGGGUCUGGGACAUUAUAAAAUAAACAACGUUGCUAAUAUGAUCAGACUGCAAAAUGCUCUUCUAGUUUGUAGUCCCCAAAGAGGGUGACACUAGCUGAAGGAAGUACAUCCAGACUCCCAUAUUGUCCACAUAUGCAAUUGUUUGUUUUACUUUCCCGUUAAUUAUUCAAUGAGAGUAUUAUGCUACACAGAACAAAUGUUUUUCCCCCAGAUGUGAUACGAUGCAUAUGCCGGCUCUGAGCAUAUCAUUCAGUGAGGGUCAUUAUUGACAAUUGUACAGUAUAUAAUGUGCUCUACAGCCUAUUGGAUGUCUGUAGUUUUAAAUUCAGACUCUCAAUCACUGUAUCUUACCCAGUCUGAAUACCACACACACAUCAGUCAAAUAUGUCCCCCCAACAGAAGGGUUUUAAUCAAGGUUUUACCAUAUGGUGCCAUUUCAUAAUCAAGACUGAUCGAUUUUGAAGUUUGAAGCUGUUUGAAUAGCAGCAUUUCUUUCUUUUUUUACCCAACCGGUUAUACUUAACAUUCAGUCUUGGUGUAAAGCAUGCAUACAAAAUUCGGAGAAAUGUGUAUAAUCUUUGUUUUAUGCCAUUAUAAUUAUGUUAUGUAUAUGCAAUUUAGGUUUUAUUAUAUUGUUGAAUCACUGACUUGUUGAGACUUAAACAAUGUUUAUGGUCUGUACUUAAACAUUUAAUAUUAAGUGUACAAGAUGAUUUCUUACAUCUGACAAUAUUUCAGGUCAAGUAGUCAUUCUGAUCCAGAGUAUAAAAGUCUCAACUUGUGAACAUCUCCCGUUUCUCAUCAUUGUGUGUGUAAAACACAGUUUAGGGAACAUGUCAACAUUAAUAAAGUCUUACUAAUCUGAACAAAA